CAAAUGUCAAAAAUAUUGUGACGUCCCGUCGAUCUAUCGCGUAUUUGUUUGCAAUUUGCGAACUCAUAUUUUUAUUACAUUGAUUUUAGAGAAAACGGUAUCAAAAUAAAUUUAAUUAAUAGAAUCAUGACAUCUACUAUGCCAACAGACAGGAACGAAGAGCGGAGACGAAGGGUGCUCUUAGGCCCUUUGCCAGCUGGCUUCCUCCGUGCUGACGGAGCGACAGACACUGUUGAUGCAGACUAUCAAGCUGCAUUGGCUCUGCAGCAACAAUUGAGUGGCGCCACAGUCCCACCUGCAGGCCCACCUCUGACGGCAAGGCUUAGCAUAACAAUAGCACAGGCUAAACUUUCGAAAAAUUAUGGGUUGACCCGUAUGGACCCGUACGUGCGUCUGCGCGUGGGCCACUGUAUAUACGAGACCCACACUGACCCCAGCGGCGGCAGAACCCCUCGGUGGAACAAGGUCAUUCAUUGCCUGUUGCCUCCUGGUGUGAACUCCAUCUAUUUGGAGAUCUUCGACGAAUGCUCCUUCACGAUGGACGAGCUGAUUGCCUGGGCACACAUCACUAUACCACCAGCGGUGCUGCAGGGCGAGACAUUUGACAACUGGUUCUCUCUGAAUGGCAAGCAAGGAGAUGGAAAGGAAGGAGUCAUCAACCUAGUCCUCAGCUAUUCGGUUGGUCCGGCGGCCGUGGCGACGUUCCCGCCGAUGCUGGUGGUGCCGAGCACGGGCAUGGGGUACGCGGCCAUGCCGAUGUACCCGGCCCCGCAGCCCCAGCCCCACAUGCCCCCACAACAACCCCAGCCACCACCCAUCACUGCUGAGCAACUGCAACAGAUCGAAGAAAUGUUCCCGAGUAUUGACAAGGAAGUCAUCAAGUCUGUGCUUGAAGCCAAUGGCGGCAAUAAGGACGCUACGAUCAACUCGCUGCUGCAAAUGUCGGAAUAAUAGUUAUUAUACAAACAUUAAUAUUGAAUAUACCCAUGUAAUCAUGACAUGUAAGUGAUAUAUACAAACUAUAUUUACAUUUAUUUUAAUACGUCAUCGACAACUGUACGUCUAACUUUAAACUUUUAAUCCCCACGCUUAGUAGAUAAGCUUGGGGAUUAUCGUCACCGAAAUUUUAAGACAUAUACUUAAUUAACUAGAAUACAUGACGGUACUCACAAACUGCUCAUGAUUAGUCAUGAUUAUGAGCCCCGAUAACAGCUUGAAACUAGUCGAGCUCGAGCGGCUUCGGAAAUCGUGUAUUCUAAUUAAUUAAAAGUUAUCAUUAUUAUCCCCACGCUUGGUAAGUAAGAUUGGGGAUUGUUGUCGCCGAAAUUUAAAAAAAAACUGCUCUUUUCCGACAUUGAUAAAUUCGUUAUCUCAUUGGAGUUGAAAUAGAAGGCUCAGUGUCAUAAUUACAUCGAAAUUAAUUAAUUUCACUAAAUUUGCACCUGCACAGUAAAUAUUAUAAUAUGUCGUGUAAGAAUAUUUUAAAGGCUCAAUUGUCAAGAACACCUAUAUGAAAAAAAAAAAUCAUUAAAGUUGGGUCCUUUAAAAAACAAAAAAAACAGCAUUGUCCCCAAAUACUAUCUUCGUGAAUUUAAAUUUACAUUAAAUCAACAUCCUGUAUGCCAGUUACUAUUAGCACUCGCUGUAUUCUAAAAGGGUCAUAACAGAUUUCAUUUUCAAACUAAAUUGAAGCUUAUAUCAACAUUAGAAAAGGUAUACAAUCAAAUAUCAAAUAUUGUAACGAUGUUCAGUAUCGACUCGUUCAGACUAAUUUCAACUUUAAAUCGAGCUGAUUAAGGUUCAUAUUUGUUUCUUAAUGAAAACUGUGCUCUUGAAGUAUGCAUAUUCCCCAAGAUUAAUAUACUGAUUAUUUAUUUAUAGUAAAUAAAAAAAUGGAAAUGCGAUCCAAUAUUAUUCGUACUGACGUUUUUAAAUCGUGUAUUUGUACAUCAAGGCACAUGCUUAUUGGGCCUCAAAAAUAUUAUAUACCUAAUUAUUAUAAAUCGGGACAUUUUAACAAAUACCAAUUACACUUAUGACAACCGAUUUUGACUUUUGUUCCGUAAAAGAUAAGACGCAUUUUUGCUUCUACAAGAUUGAAGGAUAAAUUACAAAUGCAAAUUACAUUGUUGCUGUUUAUGUCUAUCUUAUGUCAACGCGAUAAAGCUCAAAAUCGGUUAUAUUAGCUGUACUUGAAAUUUGUUAAAAUAUCAAAGGAUGAACUAGUAUUUUAAAAAUCUCUCGGCCUUACUUUUGUAGUGGUAAGUGCUUAAAAUAUUUGUAUAUAAACAAACAUUAUGUAUGUAAUACUAUAUUAAUAUAUUUUCAUUUACGUAUAAUUAUUUGGUCACUUCUAUUGUUUAUGUAAAUGUAAUAUUUGUUUUUAUGUAAUAACUAUAGUGAGAUAUACUUAAUUAUCUAGAAUACGCGACUUUGCUCCCAAAUUACUCAUGAUUAAGAGCCCCGAUUACAACUUGAGACUAGUCGAGCUCGAGCGGUCACGUAAGUCGCGUAUUCUAAUUAAUUAAUAGUUAUCUUACUUUUUCAGUUUUAUUUUGCUCAAAAUUGCCAAUUUUAGUUGAAAAUUCGUUUAUUUUUUAUUAAGUUACUGAGAAUAUAAUUCCAAUAUUUAAGUGUUUAGUUAUUAGAUGAAGUACUAUUGUGAUUUUAAUGUUUUAUUGUUAUAUUUUAAUAUAAGUAAAUAAAUACUAGACACAGGUCAUUAGAUGAAAUUGUGAACACAUAAAAUUGUAAUGUAGUCUGCAUUUUAUUCGGGUAAUACUUGAUUUGUCACUUAGUCCUCACUCGCAUAUGUUUUAGCAAAAAAUAUAGGGCGACUGGUAAAUUAGUGAACGAUAUUUAAACACGUGAUUGUACUCAUGAUUACAAACAACUUUCCCAAAGAAACUAUUUUUCCCAAAAAAAAAUACUAUGGGAAUGUUGUUCGCAAUCAUGAGCACACUCACGUGUUUAAAUAUCGGUCACUAAUUUACCAGUCACCUUGUAUACUCAAAUCUCACAAUCACUAGUUUAUGUUCAAACUGUAGUUCAAUGUACGUAACAACACAGUAGGACCUCCCCAACUCAUAUAAACCUUUAAAGGAUGUUAAAAAAAUCGCGUUGUUGAGUUUACUUAAGCUGGGGUCCCGGUGAUAAAAAUUGGUUGCUAAGUCAGAAAUAUAUUUUCAACUUUGUUACAUACAGAUAAAAGGUUGAAAAUCUAUUAAAUAUAGCCAUGUCUUAGUAACCAAUUUCAAUUGUAAUAAUUAACGCGAACUUUCUGUGUAGAAAAGAGGACCUUAACGAGAUUUUUUAAUGUGAACGCUAUCGAAAUGUUGUAGCAUUUAGCCCUCUGGUUGGUUCGUUAACUUAGAGCUGGCCAAUCAGAAUGCCGAACGUCAUAAACAUGUCAAUCGCGUUAACAUAAAAAAAAAUCGCUCUAAUCAUUCAGUACCUUUAGUACGUGUUUCCUUUACGUUUAACGAGAUCGAAUCGAGAGCGUGUUCGUUGCUCUAAUUGGUUGGUUCAUUCAAGCCGGCCAAUCAGAGCACCGAUCACGCUCUUGUUUCAUUUUCGUUCAACGUACACAGAAAGGGUUUAUGAGUUGUGGAGGUUUCCGAUUUAAAGAAAUAUCUCACUGUAACACAAAUAUUGACAUACUGUACUUGCAGCCUGUUCAAUUAGAUAAUUAAGUAAUAUUCAAGUAAUUGCGUAUCGAGUAUUCAAUCGAGAUCGAUAGAAGGUGUGGUUUUUGUUCAACAAUAAUACAAAAUGAAUAAUAGAAAUGAAAAUUUUAAAUCUAUUUAGUCCGUCAGUUAGGUAAUGAAAAAAUAUUAGACACGUAUUCUUUUAUUUUGUCAUAUAAGAAAACAAUACUUAGAUAAAACGAAUCAGAGUUUAGAAGUGGGAGCUAACUACGUCAUUUCUAAGUAUAAAACGUACAUAGAAGUGAUGACACGCGAUAUUUCAAAUCAAUACGUCUGCGAAAGUAUUUGUUUCCGUAAGAAAAUAAAAAAUACGUAUAUAUUUUUAUUAUAUUUUAAAAGAAUCUACCAAUGCCUACAUGCGAUGCGUACUGAUGACGUCAUACGGAAUACGUGGGAUGCGUACGAUGCGGGCCUGUGAACGCUUACCUUUUACACACCUUCGUUUAUAGAACAUCUGUUGAUCUCGAUGAUAUUAAAUAAAUAUAAGAGGAAUACGAGUAGCCAAGGCCUCUCACGCGAAAGCUUGUAAAAUUUUGUGCCAAAUUAUUUGCCAUCGUCGCAAAAUUGCUUGAAUAUAAAUAUAUCGUUGUUGUAUUUAUUUGUAAUUUUACAAUGUAUAAAAUGUAAUAAAUUAUUAACUACUUA